UUGGGCAUAAGGGUAUCUAAUUCCCACAAGUCAUCAUUCAUAUACCGACAAAAUUAAAAAAGUCCAUUUACCUCCAAUUCCUCUAUAUAAACCUCAAUCCUUGAAGCAUAAGAAGUGAAUUGAAACUCCACCCUCCAUUUUUUUCUCUUGUGAAUUUGGAAUGGUAUUCAUGGAUUUGGAAUGGUUGUUUCCAAUUCCAAUUAAUUUCUCUUUUGCUUCAACAAUAUUGUUUACACUAUUGUCUUUGGUAGGAGGAUGGUUGAUUUAUCUAUAUGGGCCGUAUUGGAAGGUAAGGAAGGUUCCAGGCCCACCAUCUCUACCGUUGGUAGGACACCUUCACUUGAUGGCUAAACAUGGCCCUGAUGUUUUCUCAAUCCUUGCCAAGCAAUAUGGCCCAAUCUACAGAUUUCAUAUGGGAAGACAGCCCCUAGUAAUUAUAGCAGAUGCAGAACUGUGUAAAGAAGUUGGAAUAAAAAAAUUUAAAGACAUUCCAAAUAGAAGCACUCCCUCUCCCAUUAAAGCUUCUCCACUUCACCAAAAAGGCCUCUUCUUCACCAGGGAUUCACAAUGGUCUACCAUGAGAAACACAAUUUUGUCCUUAUAUCAACCAUCACACCUAUCAAGUUUAGUGCCAACAAUGCAAUCAUAUAUAGAAUCAGCCACUCAAAAUCUUGACUCUCAAAAAGAAGACAUUGUCUUUUCUAAUUUAUCGCUUAAACUCGCGACAGACGUGAUUGGACAAGCAGCAUUUGGUGUCAACUUUGGCCUAUCUGAACCUCAUUCCGUUCGCAAUGAAAUCGAGAGUGUUACUAUUAAUAAGGACGACGUAACGAGUGCAAGUGCUAGUAAUGAAGUAACAGAUUUCAUCAACCAACAUAUAUACUCUACAACUCAACUUAAGAUGGAUUUGUCCGGUUCAUUCUCGAUCAUACUUGGUCUACUUGUUCCAAUUCUUCAGGAACCAUUUAGACAGAUUUUGAAGCGUAUACCGGGCACCAUGGACUGGAAAAUCGAGCGUACUAACAAAAACCUAGGUGGCCGUCUUGAUGAGAUUGUAGAGAAGAGAAUGAACAAUAAGACGCGUAGUUCAAAGGAUUUCUUGUCACUUAUACUAAAUGCUAGAGAAUCAAAAGCUGUUUCAGAAAAGGUUUUCACACCUGAAUAUAUCAGUGCUGUUACCUAUGAACACUUGCUUGCUGGAUCAGCAACCACUUCCUUUACUUUGUCUUCUGUUGUCUAUUUGGUAGCUGCACAUCCAGAAGUUGAGAAAAAGUUGCUUGAAGAGAUUGAUGGGUUUGGUUCAAUAGAUCAUAUACCUACUUCUCAAGAUCUUCAUGACAAGUUCCCUUAUCUUGAUCAGGUGAUCAAAGAGGCGAUGCGAAUUUACAUUGUAUCACCAUUAGUAGCAAGAGAAACAUCAAAUGAAGUAAAGAUUGGAGGUUACCUUCUUCCAAAGGGAACUUGGGUUUGGUUAGCUCUUGGCGUUCUAGCAAAAGACCCGCAAAACUUUCCAGAGCCAGAAAAGUUCAAACCAGAACGGUUUGAUCCUAACUGUGAAGAAAUGAAACGAAGACACCCUUAUGCUUUCAUACCAUUUGGAAUUGGUCCUCGGGCUUGCAUUGGACAGAAAUUUUCCAUACAAGAAAUCAAGCUUUCUCUCAUCCAUUUAUACAGAAAAUACUUGUUUCGGCAUUCACCUAAUAUGGAAAACCCUUUGGAACUCGAAUAUGGCAUAGUCCUCAACUUCAAGCAUGGUGUCAAACUGAGAGCCAUAAAAAGAACAUAGAGGAUUUGCUAAAUAAACUGUUAAGAUUGUACUUGUGAAAUAUAAACUAAUAUGAGAAUUGAGAAAUAAGUAUGAUGAGAUACAAUAAUGAAGGAUAAUGUUAUAUAACAAAUAAUGAAAGAGAUACUAUUAUGAUUUUCUAGCUUUUAAA